UGUAAAUCAAAUAAUAAAACAAAACGUUUUACACGAAUUUAUCUCUAAUAUCACCCUGCAAGUUUCACGACUAAAUAAUCAUAAAAAAUAAAUGUACGUUUUGUACACAGGCCACGACAUUUAUCAACAAAAUAUUAUAAGUAUUUCAAAAAUACGUCAUUGUGUUCUCGAUUUCUGGAUAAGAAUAACGUUUCACCGCCAUUUUGAUAUAAUUUUCAAGAAAAAAUAUGGCUGAAAACACAGUUCAGGAGGGAGUUGGAGAUGGUCAACAAUAUAAAGGAAUAACAGAAUAUACUCUUGUGAAUGUUGACAGUCUCGGUCAAGUGACUGACGGUGGUGGCGAAAACCAAGUGAUUUACCUGCAAGCCCCAUACAACAUCAUAUCAGAGGCUGGCACACAAUUUGUAGAAAAGUUGACAUAUACUCAGCUUGAAGAUGAUGGAGGUGGCGGCGCAGGUGAUGGUACACAACAAGAAAACAUCGACCCCCAGGCUGUCUACUUGCAACUUGCUCCUGCAGGCGCUCCUAUUGAAGAAUCACAAUUACAAGUAUUCCCUAAUAAGGAUGUUAUCGACAUCAAGCCACCUGUCGGCAAGGGGCCUUUCAAUUGUGAAUUUUGCGACAAGAAAUUCACAAAAUGGAAUCAACUGCAGCGCCAUCUUAGAAGCCACGCUGACGACAAACCCUUCCGUUGUACUCAAUGUAGCUCCACCUUUAACCAUGAAAGCAACCUGGUCCUCCAUCAAGCCACUCAUAACACGGAUGAUCCAGUUUGCCCGGAAUGUGGAAAAAAGUUCUCACGUGUCGCCAGUCUUAAGUUUCAUAUUAUGAUGCAUGAAAAGGAAGAAAAUCUGAUGUGUACAGAGUGCGGGGAUGAGUUCAGUUUACAGCCUCAACUUGACAAGCAUAUGCAAGAACACAGAGAUGAGCAAGUUGGUUCCAGAGUAUAUGCUUGUAAACAAUGCUCAUUGGAGUUCAUGAAAAUGUCACUUCUCCGCGAACAUAUGAAAACUCAUUACAAGAAAAGAUCCUCACAUUCUGUUAAGCACCACAGGCAGAGGGUUGACAGGUCUGGGUUCACACAGAAAUGCUCUCACUGUAAUAAAACUUUCCAGAAACCCAGUCAAUUGGAGCGACAUACGAGAAUACACACAGGCGACAGGCCAUAUAAGUGUUCUUUGUGUGAUAAAACAUUCAACCAGAAAGGAGCAAUGCAGACCCAUAUGGUUAAACACACGGGUGCCAAGCCCUUCCAGUGUGACUUCUGCCCAUCAAAGUUUGCUCAAAAAGGAAACCUUAGAGUCCAUAUCCAGCGAGUUCACACUCAAAGUCAAGAUGGAGAAGGCCUUGUGUAUAACUGCAGUGAAUGUAGCUGUAUGUUCAAGAAACUUGGAUCUCUAAAUGCUCAUAUGAGUAGACAGCAUUCAGAAUUGGAGAAUGUGAAUAUGGGAAUGAUAAACGAAAAUUUGAUCACCCAGCCUGCUCUACACGAUGGUGGGGGUCAGAUGGUGGGGGGCAGUCAGAAGAAGGACACUAGGGGAGUGCUGGAUGUCAUACGUCAACUUGUCGAACUCAGUGAGGAUACUGACCCUGAAGCCACUCAACAACAGAUACAACAGAUUGCAGUCGAGGGUAACAUCAGCCAUGAUAUUCUGAGGGAAGCUUUAGAGAACAGUGGGCUCACUGCAGUACCAUUAGACAAUAUUCAGGGUGGGCCUCCUAAAUCUGAUGCACCUGCACCUACAAUUAAUGUCACAACUUCUCACCAGCAGACUACACAGCCUCAACAUAAUGAGGGUCUUCCAAAUCUUGUAAUGAAAUCGGGAGUCCAGUCUGUGAUGACAAUUCAUGAUCCACUCUCUGGAGUCCCCAAGAAACAUUUCAUAAGAAAGGUGGCAGGAGUGAGGUGGCAUCAGUGUACCUAUUGCUCAAAGGAAUUUAAGAAACCCAGUGAUCUUGUGAGACAUACAAGGAUACAUACUCAUGAAAAGCCCUACAAAUGCACUCAGUGUUUCAGGUCGUUUGGUGUAAAAAGCACACUUACUGCGCAUUUAAAGACUCACUCUGGUGUGAAAGAGUUUAAAUGUCAAGUGUGUGAUAAACAUUUCUCAACACAUGGAAGUCUUAAAGUGCAUCUUAGACUACAUACAGGGGCUACACCUUAUGAGUGUCCGCAUUGUGAUAGAAAAUUCCGAACCUCUGGACACGCGAAGACUCACAUACAAUCUCACUUCAAGGACAAUGCUAACAGGAAACCAAGGAGGACCAUCAAGCGAACCUCUAAACCAGAAAUUCCAAUGCCAGAUAUACCUUUACAGGAACCAAUUCUCAUCACUGACACAGGUUUAAUACAGCAGCCCCCAAGAGGGAGCCAGAUGUUCUCACAGUUCCUCUCAGAGUCAGGAAGUGUUGACCGACCAUUUAAAUGUGGUUACUGCUCUAGGGGAUUCAAGAAAUCCAGUCAUUUAAAACAACAUAUAAGGUCACACACAGGCGAAAAGCCAUAUAGAUGUCUUACCUGUCAGCGUUCAUUCGUCUCCAGUGGGGUGCUAAAAUCUCAUAUCCGCACACACACCGGGGUCAAGUCCUACAAAUGUAUCGUCUGUUCGACAAUGUUCACAACAAACGGUAGUUUGAAGCGCCAUAUGUCAACACACAGUGAAGUUCGUCCCUUUAUGUGUCCAUACUGCCAGAAAACAUUUAAGACAUCAGUGAACUGUAAAAAGCACAUGAAAACACACAAGGGAGAGUUAGCGCUGCAAGCCAUGCAGGAACAGCAGUUACAGAAUGGCCCUCAGAUCUCACAGAAACAAUUGGAACAGAUGCAGGCCCAGGUGACCAGGGUAGAAGAGGUCCAUGCCCAGCAUGCACCACAGCCUCAGCAACAAGAGGUGUUAACAGAUAUGCCCCAGUCAAUAGAGGAACAGAACAUCAUGCAGCAACAGCCUGAUAUCUCAACUCAACAGCAACAUCAAGCAGAUAUUGCCCAGGACCAGAGUGGACAGUUAGCUACCAUGACAACCCCUAUACUGAACCAAACAGUGGUUAGCUCAGACCUUGUUCAGGCAGCAGUGAUUCACAAUGUCCAGGACUCUCUCAUAGAGCAACAACUAAACAAUACUCUCAACCAACAGAUGUAUGGACAACACACCUUGACUUCAACCAACCUCUCCCAACAGCAGACAUUGUUGACCAACACUCAAGCCAUGUACAGUAAUCCCAAUCUCAACCAGCUGAACCUUACUACACUUGGCCAAACACUGAAUGCCCAGUCCAAUGUCAUGCAGCCUAAUAUUGACAUCAGUACAUUUACAAAUGGAUUAGGCCAGGGGUCAGCGUCACAAAAUCUGGCUCCCACUUCACAAACAUUGACCAGUACAAAUAUCCUGAAUAUUCUACAAGACACGCAAAAGGUUGUCGACCAUGAUGAUGAUGAUGAUGACAAUGAUGAGGAUGAUAUGGCAGACAAUGUUGGAGCAUCUGAUAAUGAAAAUGAACCUGAGGAGGACCAUGUUACAGACAAGAAGAAUCACAUUUGCCCAUACUGCCAGAAAGGCUUUAAAAAGAGCAGCCAGCUGAAACAGCAUGUCAGAUCCCACACAGGAGAAAAGCCCUACAAAUGCCCCCAGUGCCAGCGUAUGUUUGUCUCAUCAGGAGUCCUCAAGGCUCAUAUGAUCACACAUACAGGACGCAAAGAUUUCAGAUGCCCAAUAUGCCAGACUGAUUUUACGACCAAUGGUUCAUUGACUCGCCAUAUGGUGAUCCAUAGUGCGAUAAGACCAUAUAGAUGUCACUACUGUAAUGAGUCAUUCAGGACGACAGCUCUAUGUAAGAAGCACAUGAAGAGUCACUCGGAAACAAUUGAUGAUGAUGAUUCAGAGAACAGAAGAAGUGCAAGAUCAAAUGUUGUGAAGAUAACUUCUGAAGAAGCUGAGGAAUUAAGUAAGACACAGCCUGAUAGAGAUAUGAGUAUUUCAGAGCGUAUCUUAAUUCAGUCAGCUGCAGAAAAAGAAAGAAUCAGCGAGGUUCAAACAGCCGAUAAAGUUGAGAAGGCCCCGAAGUUUGCCCAUCAAUGCGAGGAGUGUCCAAAGAGUUUUAAGAAACCUAGUGAUCUUGUACGCCAUUUGAGAAUCCAUACAGGAGAGAAGCCAUUUGAAUGCAGUCAAUGUAGCAGAAGAUUCACAGUGAAGUCAACAUUAGAUUGUCACAUGAAGACACAUCUUGGAAGUGAAAAACGUUACAAAUGCCAUGUAUGUAACUCUGCGUUUGCCACUAGAGGGAGCCUCAAGGUCCACAUGCGACUACAUACAGGAGCUAAACCCUUCAAGUGUCCACAUUGUGAGGAGAGGUUCCGUACAUCCGGCCACAGGAAGUGUCAUAUUCUCACCCACUUCAAGGUCCAAUCUCCAGUGAAGACCACUGGAAGGAAACGCUCCGAUGCAUCAACAUUACAACCUAUGAAUAUACUAAAUACUGACCAGCAGCAACAGGUGGGUAUUCCUCCGAACCAGCAGCAAGUGAUCAAUGUUGACCAGAACAUGAUUCAGAAUGUUCCUAUCUCUCUCAUUACUGACCAGUCAGGCUACAUGAUGGACCAGAACCAGGGACCACAAGUCUUCCAGGGACUUGAAGGGAUCCAACUACAACUAACAGGAAACAUCAACCAAGGCAUUCAGAUCACAGGGCUUGAUCCAAGUCUCCUCACUCAACCGCUGCAGAUUGACGCCUCCCUUCUGCAACAGCUACAGACUCAGGGCAAUCUCAGUGUUACCCUUAAUCCUAAUGUACUCGGCCAAGCGAUGCAGACUGCAGAUCCUAAUCUAGUACAGAAUAUCCAGGUUUCAACUGCUGACAUGAUGUCGCAGAAUUCAAUCAUAAUUCAACACCCAACAUCAGAGCAGGCAGGGGAGGAUGCUAACCAGAUUCAAGAGCCUGUCGAAUCUCAGCCAAUGGUUAUUGAUGCACAAGAUAUUGAACCGCAGCCUAGUACCUCACAAGCCCAACAGGAGGCGCCACAGGACCAAGAAGUUGACACACUACAAGAAGAUGAAUCUAGCAAAGCUGUUGAGGAACUAACUGUAUUAGAGAUCAACAACGACAAUCAGAACCAAGAGAAACUCCAACAAGAUGAGGUCCAAUUGGUCACCCUGAACUCAAGUGAUAUUAACAAGAUUAAUGUUGAACAAACUCACUCUGUGACAAUUGUGCCACCAGAUCCAGAUUUUGCUCAUCCAGACAAUACACCCGACAGACCUCAUACGUGUGGGAUUUGCAAGAAAACCUUCAAACGAUUGGGUCACCUCAAGGAACAUAUGGGUGUACAUGACCCUAAUUUAGCCAACCCUAAACGCAAGGUGAUGACGCAAAAAUGCCAACAUUGUGGCAAGGCAUUCAACAAGCCAAGUCAACUGGAGAGACAUAUAAGAAUACAUACCGGUGAGCGACCAUUCCAAUGUAAAGUGUGCGCAAAACGCUUCAACCAAAAGAAUGCCUUAAUGAUCCACAUGCGAAAUCAUACAGGCCAGAAGGACUAUCAAUGCACAUACUGCGAAAGCCGGUUUACGCAGAAAGGCAAUCUUAAGACGCAUAUAAAACGUGUUCAUCAUUCUGAUAUGGUUGAGAGUAUGAACAUUCAGCGUGAUGCUUCAAGAACUGGCGGCCAGAAUCCAAUGAUCGUUCACAAUAUCGUUCAGGGGACGUCCGAUAUCGACGUAGAUAAUGUCAUUACGGAACUAUUUCCUCAAGGGAGAGAAUAUGAAUAUCAGUAGAUGUAAGAGCAGGGUGCAUGUUAAAUAAAGAAAUAGUUCUCAUGUUAUUGUCCUAUAUACGGUGAGACCUGUAAAGUAGAACACCUCUGAAAGUGAAACACCUCCAUAAGUCAAACACCUUUAUGAGUACGAGUGCCAUGACCAAAUGACUUACUUUAAACAAACCUCUAUAAGUGGAACACCUCUGAACUGGAACACUUUGUAGACAUACCAAAUGUUUUCCACUUAAACAUAUUUCACUG